UAACGAGACAGAUGGCGGUGGAAUAUCCUGUCAAGGCGUCUCCAGAGUACCCUACUCAUGAUCAGCACCCGCCGAAACGGAGAUGGUGGUGGAGGAAACGAGUCUGGAUGCCGACCUUCCUCUUGGCGAUAUUAGCUGCGUUUGGAAUCAUUUUCGGUGCAGUGUACGGUGUGAAGAAAUCGCAGACUGAGAAUGAGCAGAUCGACCGCGAUCGAUUGUUUGCCGCUCAACGUGGAACAUCGACACUUCAAUCUAGUCAAGCAAGUCAUGCAGCAACUACCACUCCUUCAGGUGGAGCUCUAACCACAGGUAUUUUCGUCUUUUCUGCCACACCCACGGAUUCCAGCGCUAGUCCAACAGCAAGCGCCUAUCCCCCUCCCGGACCUUCGCAGCCUUCCGGUCCUGUCUUACAGGCCCAGGGACACGUCCCUCGAGACAUCAGCGCAGCCGCAGAUGCUCCUCAAUUGCUCCUCUGGGAUCUGCGCUCCGAAAGCAAACUCUGGAGGAAAGAGUACGGAGGCGCCUGGGAAGCCUACCCCGACCGCCAAUUCCUAGUCGCGCCCAUAACCGUCCGUACCAGCGAGACCACUCAGACAGCAUUCUCCGUCGAAGCCAUUCACGGCCGCAUCGUUUACAUGCAUUUCCACGACGGCCAAUGGGAUGACUGGCAGGAACUCGAGUUUGCUGCGCAGUUCCGGAGACGACCAACCGUAGUUUCGCGAGAGCAAAGCAAGAUAGACGUCAUCAACGUCGACAAUGAUGGGCAUGUGUGGCUUGUCUCGUACGAUGGUUCUCUAUGGAGCGAAUGGACCGAGCUGGGUGCGGACAUCACCAGCGAAGUUGCAGCAACAUCUUGGGGUGAAGACAGAAUCGAUGUUUUCGCCAAAAACGGGAAUACCGUGUUGCAUAAGCACUGGACGCCUGAAUCCGGCUGGGCAGGAGAAUGGGAAGAUCUCGGUGACCCGUUCUCAAGCUACUAUUCAGAGCCGGGGUCGACCUCAUCUUCGCCCCUGGCAGUCUCUUGGCAUGAGGGCGACGGCGACGGCACCAUCGAUGUCGUUAUCAACGCAGGCAGCUCGUCGCACAAGCUGUUCAAGAAUGGUGCUUGGAGCGACUGGAUCGGGAUGUAUGCCAGUCAUGAGGGUGUCGAGUUUCCCGACACGCAGAGCAUUGUCAAAGGCCUUGGUGUAGAUGGCUAUCCAUUUGCGCACCUAAUUUCACGCGGUACCGAUAAUUGCAUACAUUACAAUGGCCACAAUGGUACGGGAUGGGGCUCCUGGGCUUAUUUAUGGUGUAAUGACAAAGAGACGGGAUCUGAACUUUACUACCCGACGGAAUUUCUGCCUACUUCUAUGGUGGCUUAUGAGAGUGGGAAGCUUGAGCUGGUGGUGAAGGAUUUGCUGGGCGAUGUCUUGAAAUUGGUGGUGACGGGGACUGUUGAUCCACACGAGUGGUCGUAUACGACUGGGAAUGACAAGUGGGAAAAUUUGGGACAGCCGGCAUGAGGCUUGGAGCUUGCUAAAGUAGAUUAUUGUUGCCCGAGACAGCUUUCUGAUAGAUGCAGUAUUGGUG